AUGAAUUACUUCACCAUCAAGCAAUGCUACUAUACCGGGGACUAUCCGCAGACUUUGCAGGAGAUCGCCAAGCUCAAUAAGGUCACUGAUGACACGUUGACUUUCUACAAGCACAGUGCAAGUCUGGCACUGGGAAGAUUUGAGACGGUGGAGGGGUCUGGCAAGCUUGACCGGGCUUUCAAGGGCUACUACGAGUUUUUGCAGUCGAAGGAUAUUUCGCAAUUGAAGCAGCUAGUUUCCAGGGACAACGGCUCGCCAUUUGAGCUGUUCCUACUGGCCCUGGCAGAGUCGGUGCUGGGCAAUUUUGAAGAAGGUCUGCAGACCUGCGUUGCAGGCAUUGACAACGACGAGCCGGUGGGAACCCCGGAACUGCUGCUGCUUGCGGUACAGAUCGCUCUUCUCAUGGCACGUCCGUCGACUGCGUCCACCAUGCUGGGAAACUAUGCAAGUGCCAACGAGGAGCUGCUGUCCAGCGAAGAUGAACUGAUCGUGAAUCUGGCAGAAUCGUACAUCAAGUACGCCGCCAACCAGGAGACCACCAGGUCCAACUUCUACUAUUUCGAAGAGCUGUCCCAGAGCGUUCCGACCUGGAAGACCCAGCUCGCUCUGCUCAACUCACACCUGCAACAGGGCAACCUCCCAGAGGCCAGCGCCGUCGUCGAGCUACUGGAGAGCGAGCAUUACGCCGAGGGACAGAAGGAAGUCGCCAGACUGUACAGACCGCACUUCCUUGCCAGCAAGAUUUCUUUGUCGAUCGCUCUCAACCACGGUGACGCUGACGAGCUCAGAGAAGAGCUGGCACAGCUGGCACCAGACAGCGCCUUCAGCAGCUCGCACAGGGACCUACAGGCCAAGUUCGACGAGCUGGUGGCCAAAUACAGCUCAUAG